AUGGUUGAUUUUCAUGACAAUGUUUGUGGGGAUGGUGUCGGAGGAGGAGAAUUUGGGGAUGAUUGUUAUGACAUUGGUACUGGGGAUGGAGUUGGGGAAGGUGAAAUUGGCGAUGAUUUGUACUGUCCUGACUCUGUUGAUGAUAUGUCAUUAGAUAUGGUAUGUUCUGCUCCUUUGGUUGAAUCACCGAAAGUGGGGAUGGUGUUUAAGUCAUGGCAGGAUGUAGAGAAGUAUUACAAAAAGUAUGGUGAGCAGGAGGGUUUUGGUGUUUCAAGGGUGCAAGCAACCAAAUCGAAAGUAACCAAUGAUCGUUUGACCACAACGUGGAAGUGUGAGUGUUGGGGUGCACCUAACAUGAGGGCCAAGAGAGAGGCCAAAAAGAGGGCUAAAUCAAUGGAUGUUGCUGGCUGUGGUGCUAAGGUUAAUGGAGUUAUUGGGGCAGAUGAACUUAGUCGAGGGAAGAUAAAAUCAAAGAAAUGCGAAUGUGGUGCUACUGUAUAUGCUGGGGUGAAUGCAGAAGGGGAGUGGGAGUUAAGGAAGGUGAUUAAUGUGCACACACAUGAUGUUAACCCUAGCAUGUCCAAGUUAGUCAAAGAGUAUAGGAUGAAGAAUUACACUGCUAAUGUGAAGAAGGUGUUGCUGAAUUUUUAUGAAGAGGGGGUGUCGGUGUCCAAAAUUCGCAAAGGCCUGUCGCAUGAGAAAGAGGAGGAGGAGUUGCCCAGCCUUAAGGACAUGCAGCAUGAGGUGUAUAAAUCAAGGAGGCUGAAAUUUGAGGGAGGAGAUGCUAAUGCCAUGAGGGCGUAUUUUGAGCGGAUGCAAGAGGAUAAUCAAAACUUUUAUCACACUCAUUGGUUAGAUGAAUUUGGUCGCUUGAAGGACGUUUUAUGGGUAGAUGCAAGAAGUCGGGCAACAUAUGAGUAUUUCGGGGAUGUAGUUUGUUUUGAUGCUACAUACCUUACUAACCAAUAUGAACUCCCGUUUGCAAACUUUGUGGGCGUCAACCAUCACGGGCAGUUCAUCCUUUUGGGGUGUGCCUUAGUGUCUCGAGAAACCACUGAGACAUACAAAUGGGUUUUCCAGCAGUGGUUGGCUUGCAUGGGAAAUAGAGCCCCCGUAGCUAUUUUGACUGAUCAAGCUGCGUCAAUGCGCAAUGCACUGGCUCAAACGAUGCCAACUGCCAGGCACAGGUGGUGCAUAUGGCACAUUGUUAAGAAAUUUUCUGAAAAGCUUGGCAAAUGCAAGGGUGUUCUAUCUUAUUUGUUGAAUUUAACUGUGGGUAUGGACAUAGGUGUCUAUGUUUAG